GUCACAGGCACUUUUAAUAUAUGCAAAUUGCAGAAUUACAUGAUAUAUAUAAAUAGCGUCUCUACCAAACUUAGGUAGCUGCCAGCCCUGUCCUGCUAAACUCAAUCCACAAUGGGGAAGGUAAGUGAUACCACUAUACAAACACAAUAUUGAGGCAUGUCAUUUAAUAGUACGGUAGACAAACAAGAAUUGUAUUAGAUAUAUUCUUUGCAAUAAGUUAGCCACUAAGUUAUUCUACGCUGGGCAUUGCAAUAAUUUUUCUCAUCUAUUGGCUAGGCAACAAAGUAGAGAUAUACUAUUUAUCUGGAAUAGUGGAAUAGUGUUAGUUAUCUUUUCACAAAGCAAUAAGAAAAAUGUUCUGUAUUUGAAAGAAAAUGAAUAAAUGUAAAUUGUACUUGGCGUGAUACACACAAUUUAAAUUAAAGAGUAGUAAAUUUCAUCUAUACAUCAUGCAUACAUCGUGUGUGUGUGUGUGUGUGUGUGUGUGUGUGUGUAUGUGUGAUAUUCAUCAGGAUCAAGGUAAAUUUUUGGUUCUUUUUGGAGUUCAUGAAAUUGAAAUAAAAUAAUAUCAAUUAUGAAAAGACCAUGAGUGCAGCCAUGUAUAGCAGAAGCCUUAUGCUCUGGCACCCAGCAAACUAAGGAUAUAUCCUGAGUGCAAGAAUCCCUAGUUUAUUCAUAUUUUUCAUAUAUUUGAUCCUUCCCUCAACAUUCAAUCAGUUCUCUUUAUUGAGAGCUAAUCCAGCAGCAUGAACCUCUAUACUGAGAAUUAAGUGCAGGGGAAAGCACAAGAAUGUUCCUAGCUCCUACAUGCACAGUAGUUGCUGUGAUUAUUCUUCUGAUGAGAUUGUAUAAUGUUUCAUUUUAGGAAUAUAGAAAUAGAGUGACAAACAUCAAUCCAUUCUGAUUCCAUUGUGGUGAAAAUUACAUUUUCAUAGGCAGGGCAAAUCUUGCCUGGGUGGGAGCGAGGGUGGGUAUUACAUUACUAUAACACCCUAAAAUUCAGUCUCAUGGUUAUAAUUUAUCUUAAUGAUAUAUUAUAUAUCCAUUGCUUGAAGAGAUGUUAUUUAAAAAAAGUGAUCGUGCCAUGAGAGGUUUACGUUAACGCCUCUCACAUAUAUUUAAAGGAAUUGAACAUACUCUCAUAUCUCACCAAAGACCUUUUUUAUUUUCACCAGACUAGACUAAAACUGAAUGAUACCAAGAAUGACAAAAUAUCAUGUCCCCUGGCCUUAAGAAAAUCUUAAAGAGUAUGCGAUGUACAGGAUUUAAAAACUCUUUCUCUCUCUCUCUCUCUCUCUCUCUCUCUCUCUCUCUCUCUCUCUCUCUCUCUCUCUCUAUAUAUAUAUAUAUAUAUAUAUAUAUAUAUAUAGACAUAUACACAAAUACAUGGAAUUUUAUAAGACAAAGACAUCAGUUCUCCUUAAAUGUUAGUAUACAGUAAUAGGUGAUAAUUGCGUGUUUUCAUUUUAAAAUCUCAGAUAAUCUUCUAUGAAGACAAGGGUUUCCAGGGUCGUUCCUAUGAGUGCAGUAAUGACUGUACUGACCUGUCUUCAUAUUUCAACCGUUGCAACUCUAUCCGUGUAGAAAAUGGAAACUGGGUACUCUAUGAAUUUCCUAACUAUAAAGGCCACCAGUAUUAUCUCAGGAGGGGAGAAUAUCCUGACUUUCAGCAAUGGAUGGGAUUUAAUGACUCUAUCAGAUCCUGUCAUCUGACCCCUCAGGUAAGUUUUUUUUGUUUUGUUUUUUUAUAAAAUCUAUUUCCAACAAAUAAUUUGUUAUCUAUUACUAACAAAUAAACAAAAAGUAUUGCAUUGAUUUAAUAUUGUUGGGUAAGCUUUUUACAUGAUUUAAUAUUUUUUGGAUACACUUUUAAAAUGAUUUAAUAUUAAGAAACAUAUUUUAAUUUCAUAAUAUUUUGAUAUUUAUUGAUAUAUAUAUAUAUAUAUAUAUAUAUAUUAGAUAUGAAUAUAUUGAAGCAAUCUUUUUAAAGUUUAUCCCCAAAGAAAUAAUAAUUUCAAAGUGUAACCAAUAAUAUUAUAUCAAGGCUUAUUAUGCAAUAUAUACAACUAGGACAUUUUCAGUAAAUCGUUAUUUUUCUUCAUACCAAUCCCUCCUCUCCUCACAAAUAUGUAAAUAAAUUAAGUUAAAAAGUGGCAAUGCUUCCGUUGAACUAAAAAACUAGUUUGGAACCAGAAUUGAAUUUAGGCUAUAGUUGGUACAAAAUAAAUCAAAAUUAUGAAUGUAAGAGCAUUACCAGAGGUCAAAACAUAGUAUUACAAGCCAUUAUCAGUUUAAUGGUAAUAUGAGUUAUUUCAUUAAUGCAUUCAUGCUGAAAUGAAUAAUGAUCGUAUCACCAGCAGCAUCCACUAUUUGUAGUCAUAGGCAAAAAGCUAAAUGAAGAGCAAUUUCUAUAGGUAAGGAUUUUGAGUGCCAAUUAUUCUAGGUAGUUUUGGGGGUGCCCAAGAAUUGGUCUUUGAAUAUAGCUCAAAAUGAAAGAAAAUUAUAAAAAGAUUGUGCUGUUUUAGCCAUACAUUGCUAUGAAAUGAGGGGUAACACCAGAAAUAAGUAAUUGCAUUUGAAAUUGAAAAGAAAAAGACUAAAAAUGGGCAACGUUCCAAACAUUGUGGAUAAUUGCAAAACAGUAAAUUAUUUAUAGGUGAUGUCAGAUGCUUUAUUUGUGAAUCGCAUUAAGGAGCUUAAAUGUGUGAGUUAAAAACAUUGAGCAGAAACAUUUAAAGAAAAUAUUCUGCAACAAAUUUGCUAGUAAAAUAGCAACUCUGUAAAAUACAUCACCUUAUUGGCUAUAAGCCUAAACCUUUCCCACAUUUGUUAAAAUCAGUGUCUAAACAAUACUCAAAAAGUCUCACCUCUCUUCUGCAUCCUCCAAACCCAUGCGUUGCCUUUUGACUUCGUUCAUAAAAGUGGCGACAAUACUUUGGUAUCCAUCGUCCAAUAUUAUUGCUCCCCGUAUUGUCAACAUUCUGGGAAAAAUGCAUUCACAUGCAACUAUGUGACUAUUAUCAACAAUCAAACUAUCUGACCCUUGCUCAAUCAAGCUUUCAUCCAAAUCACUCAACUACAACUGCCCUCUUAAAAGUUUGCAAUGUCAUCCAAACUGGCAUGGAACAAGGAAACUUAAUUUUAGCUAUUUCUUUUUUUUAGUUUGCUAAGGCCUUUGACACACACCAUUGCAUUCUAUUGCAAAAACGUAAUAAUCCGAGGAAUUGUUGAUCGUUUGCUAACAUGGUUUUGUUCAUAUGUAUCAGAUUGAUCGAAAUAUGUGUCCAUUUCUGAUAGGUCAUCCCUCCCUCUCCUAGUCACGUGUGGUGUUCCCCAAAGCUCCAUACUCAGCUCUCUAUUAUUCACAUUAUUUAUAAAUGACCUGCCUAAUGUCUGCAAAGCCUCAACUGUACACAUGUAUGCAGAUGACACUGUAAUCUAAACAUAGAAACAUAGACACAUAGAGUGUGACGGCAGAUAAGAACCAUUCGGCCCAUCUAGUCUGCCCAAUUUUCUAAAUACUUUCAUUAGUCCCUGGCCUUAUCUUAUAGUUAGAAUAGCCUUAUGCCUAUCCCACGCAUGCUUAAACUCCUUUACUGUGUUAACCUCUACCACUUCAGCUGGAAGGCUAUUCCAUGCAUCCACCACCCUCUCAGUAAAGUAAUACCUCCUGAUCUAUGCUAGCAAACCCAAUCUACCACAGCUUGAGGCUGUACUCCAAGACCAGUUCACAGAGGUAUAAAAGUGGAUUGCGGAUAACAAACUUUUCCUAAACACUGACAAAACUGUCACAAUGAUCUUUGAAACAGUAUCUAAAUUACAUAAAUUACAAAAUGCCCAACUAUGUAUCAGAACAAAUUCAAAUAACAUACUGACUGCUGUCUAUUAUUCCAAUCUAUCCUUUGGCCUUCACAUUGAAAAACUCUCUUCAAAACUGUAUCCAAAAGUAGGAAACUCUGUACAAAAUUAAAUCCUGCCUAAGCCUUAUAGCAAUGAAACAGUGCAACAUUCAAUAUGGGGAUUUAGUGUAUUCACCUGUACAAACCCACCUUCAUAAACGUAAUAUGUUGUUUAACUCAUUCUGACACUUUGUACUACAAUGUAAUUACUUGACCCACAAUUGUGUUAAAAGAACUAAACUGGCUAUUUCUGGAAUCCUGAAGAACCCUCCAUCUUUUCAGCCUUGUGUUUAAGAGCUUUUCUGAGAAGCACCCACUGUACCUGAGUAGAAUGCUCUCCCCAGUUGUUCCCACCUCCUAUAAUCUCUAAAUCCAGUACCAGCACUUUAUUUAGCAACACAAAAAUAACCUCACGGACACAGUAAAAUCUUAUUCAAUUCAAUCUAAAAUCCUUUAAAAGAUCUAUGGCAAUAUACUUCAAUACAGAAUGCACCUGUAAUCAUGGUUGACUAUAUUUCUUACCUGUUCUGUGUUAAAUUUAUAUAUGUAAUUGUAAAUGUAAAUUUGUAAUAUUUUAUUGCACCCUAUUGUAACAAUGCAGUGUUUGUGGGCCCAGGGCAUACUUGAAAAUGAGAGAAAUCGCAAUGCAUCCUUUCUGGUUAAAUAUUUUAUAAAUUAAUAAAUAAAUAAAUAAUUUCUCUCUUAGCCCCACUGGAACAAGCUCACUUCGUGCAUCCAAUCUGCCAACUCUCCAUAAUUUUUCUGCCAACUUCACUGAAGCCUUCCCUGUCACUUCCCAAUCCCUCACUUGUUCCUCAAAGCUCAAAAUAUCUGUCCAUAUAACCAGGCCCGGACUGACCAUGAGGCAAACCAGGCAAAUGCCCAGUGACCCAUGAUGGCCAAGGGCCGAAGCUAACAGGGGAUAUCAGAAUAUCCCCCUAGCCAGUCCAUGCAUGGCCGUCACUAUCCAAGCACUGGCCCUGCUGUGUGCCAUGAUGGACAGUUGGGGAAAUCAAAGAUCACCCUCACCAGCCCACAGGCUCUUCAAUGCAGAGAGGAGAGAAGACCGAGGAACUCUAGCCUGCAGCUCCACUGGGUUCUUCCUCUUGCGAGCUUUGAACAUUGCUGUGGUUACCGAAUCUCACACUCUGGAUCCUCUACACACACACACACACAUAAACACCCCCCUCUCAUGCCAGUCUCCUUUCCACUGGGACACUGUGAUUAUUAAAUACCCAGGCCGACUGUUUUUCCCAGUCCAGUCCUGCAUAUAACCAUCCUAACAUUCCCUCAUCCCCUGCAGUGUGUCAGCACUGCAGUCUUCUUCCUGUUCUCCUGACGCAGCUCUUACAAAUUUAAAUUGAGCCUGGGCAUUUGGCACAACUAGGUCUAUUCUCUUAUACCAUAAACACUCCACUCUAUACCACCACUUUUCAUUCUCUGCGAAUUCACUUGACCAAGAGUCCCUCCUGACUUCUUAUCAACCUCUUUGUCUCCAUUCUAUACUUAUUGUAAACUCAUUGUCUUUCUCAUUUCCCAUUCAAUUCAUAGUGAUUGUGACGCAGACUCACAGUGUACAGUAUACUGUUUGUAUACUGCUUGUUAAACAGUACUCCUUAUACUGGCACAAUUAUGGAUAUAUUUCUGUUAAUUCACAUUUAUAUCUUCUCACUAAAACAUUUUAUUUGUACAAUUCCCCUCUAGAUUGUAAGCCCAUGAGCAGAGUUCUAUUCUCCUUUUGUUUUAGUGUGUCUAUGUAUCUGCUGUUUGUGUUUACCAGUGUUAAGCACCGGGUAAGCACUGUACGACCUGUUAAAUAAAUAUGCCUUAUUUCAUCCAUUUCACAGCACCGUGGUCCAUUCAUAAUAAAGGUUUAUGAGAAAGAAGACUUCAAAGGACAAAUGAUGGAGUUUACAGAAGAUUGCCCCCAUGUUUUUGAGCAAUUCCACUACAAUGACAUCCACUCCUGCAAUGUUCUUGAUGGACAGUGGGUAUUUUAUGAGGAGCCUAAUUUCAGAGGACGUCAGUAUUACCUGAGACCUGGAGAAUACAGAAGAUACAAUGACUGGGGUGCCAUGAACUCCAGAGUUGGCUCAUUCAGACGAGUUCAACAUGUGUAUUAAGUAAUCUGACAGUGUGGCAUCUAUAUUUCCAUCAGCUAAAUAAAAUAAAAUAGAUGAUUACUCAAUGAUUUAUUUAUCUGAUUUUAAUUUAUCAUAUAUGUAAAUUAAGUGUGUAUGAAAGUGUGUGCACUUGUAGAGGUUUGGAC